UAACUUGGUUCAUAUCAACUUGUAAAUCAUGGGUACACGAGUGACUUUUUUGUAAUAACGUACAUAUUAAAUAACCAAAAUGCUCUCUAUAGGGCCAAAAAUGGACGGGGGCCCAAAUGUGAAAUACUUUGAGGCCCCCGAAACACUAACAGCCCUAGAAGGUGUUAAACAGUGGCUUCAGAAAAAUGGAAAAAAGUAUGUACAGAAUGAACCAUUAACAAAUAAAACGAUAUCUGCUACCACCAUACAGUUAAUGCAAUUUCAAGAGGAUUUUUUGGGUAAAAAUGCUCAGAAACCGCCUAUGACAAGGAUACCCGUUAAGUAUUUUUUGGAUUUUAAACCAGGAGGAGGAUUAUGUCACAUAUUAUUAGCUGCUUACCGUUUUAAGAGUGAACACGGCUGGAGAAGGUUUGAAUUGCCAUCUGGAAAGAAUGCAUCAUCAAAAUUAGAAAGAGUGUUUGAAAUGUAUCAAAGCAUGGAGAAAGCUCUCAUCAGUGUGAAAAUGUACACCCUCCCCAUAGUUUAUAUCAGACCUGAUAUAGAUAAAGUAGUUGUACAAAAAUUGAAAGAUAUAAUACGAAGGAGAAAUGGUCAAGUUGUUGACACGGAAGAAACGGCAACCCAUAUAAUUUAUGGAUCAGUAGAUCCAUUAAAAGAAGAAUAUGGUAGACCUGUUAUUAAAAGAGAUAAGAUGGUAAUGAUGCAUUGGUAUUAUUUUCCUAAUUCAUUUGAUACCUGGGUUAAUUUAGAAACUGCCGGUUUGGAUGGAUUGUCAAUUGAUAGCAAUCCAAGCCCUCAUUCAGGACCUUGGAGAGUUACGUAUACAUGGUUAUAUGAUACUGAUCAAUAUAAUGAGUGGAUGUCUGAAGAAGAUUAUGAAGUCGAUGAAAGUGGAAAUAAAAAAGUACAUCCUAAACUUAUGUCUGUUGAGGACUUGAUGAAUCCAUCAGAGGAUAGAAAUAAAAAAAAUAAGAGUGGCAAACGAAAAAGAUCACCAUCUCCUCCUUCUAAGGUAGGAAAAAGGAAAAGUGGGAGAAGUCCAGCUGUUGGGAAGAAAACCAAACCAGAUGAUCCAGAAUCUGAAGAUUUAACAAAAGAUAUGGAGGAACCCACUCCAGAACCAAAUGUCGUAGAGGUAAAUCCAACAGCUCCAAAUCAGCAACUAACUAAAAAAGACCAUGAACUACAACCUUUAAAAGGAGGUUCAAUAACAGAUUUGGAAGAAGCUGAAGAAAGGGGAGAAGAUUCCCAAACUGGUAAAAAUAGUGACAGUAAUACACAGGAUGAUGGCCAGGAAGAUAAUGUAACAGAGCAAACACAUCAUAUUAUAAUCCCAUCUUAUUCUGCUUGGUUUGAUUAUAAUUCUAUCCAUGAGGUAGAAAAACGAGCGCUGCCAGAAUUUUUCAACGGUCGAAACAAAUCUAAAACACCAGAAAUAUAUUUAGCCUAUAGAAAUUUUAUGGUAGACACGUACAGGUUAAACCCCACAGAAUAUAUUACAAGUACAGCUUGUAGACGAAAUUUAGCUGGUGAUGUGUGUGCUAUUAUGAGGGUACAUGCUUUUUUGGAACAGUGGGGUUUAAUAAAUUAUCAAGUAGAUACAGAUUCAAGGCCAACAGCAAUGGGUCCUCCUCCAACGUCGCAUUUCCAUAUCUUGUCUGACACCCCAUCUGGUUUGCAACCAGUAAAUCCACCAAAAACACCACAACCGAGUGCAGCAAAGACAUUACUUGAUUUAGAUAAGGCACAAGAGACCAAAAAAGUUGAAAGUGGUUCUACGGAAAUAUCAAGUUUUGGAUUAAAACUUGACCAAUAUGCUAAAAAACCUGCUGUUUUAAGAAAUAAAAGUGCAGCUUCUCUGACUAGAGAUUGGACGGAGCAAGAAACAUUACUUCUACUGGAAGGAUUGGAGAUGUAUAAAGAUGAUUGGAACAAAGUGUGUGAACAUGUUGGUUCACGGACUCAAGAUGAAUGUAUAUUACAUUUCCUUAGGUUGCCAAUAGAAGAUCCUUAUUUAGAAGAUCCAGAAGCAGGCGGUGCUCUAGGACCAUUGGCUUACCAACCAAUACCAUUUAGUAAAGCUGGAAAUCCGAUAAUGUCUACUGUAGCAUUUUUAGCAUCCAUCGUAGAUCCAAGAGUGGCAGCAGCAGCAGCGAAGUCUGCAAUGAAUGAAUUUGCUAGUAUUAAAGAUGAAGUUCCAGCGGCAGUUAUGGAUGCUCAUCUGAAGAAUGUGGAAGCUUCAUCAGCUGAAGGUAAAUAUGAUCCAGCAGCAAACCUUGCUUUGACAGGAAUUGCAGGAACUGUACCUGAUAAGGAAGAAGAAGAUAAGGUUAAAAAAGAAGAUGUUAAAGAAGAUGAAAAGGCUCCCGAAGAACAUAAGAAAAAUGGAGAAGGCCAAGAAGAAAAAUUAAAUGAAAAAGUAAAAUCUGAAGCUUCCGAUAGUGAAAAAGAUGAAAAAAUGGACACUGAAGUGAAAAUAGAGAAAGUGGUCAAAGAUAGUGAAAUGCAAAGUGCUGCAGCUGCAGCGUUAGCAGCUGCUGCUGUCAAGGCUAAGCAUUUGGCUGCAGUUGAAGAAAGAAAAAUUAAAUCAUUGGUUGCACUUUUAGUAGAAACGCAAAUGAAGAAACUUGAAAUUAAAUUACGUCAUUUUGAAGAACUUGAAACCACAAUGGAAAGAGAACGUGAGGGUCUUGAAUAUCAGCGUCAGCAACUUAUUACUGAAAGACAACAAUUUCAUUUAGAGCAAUUGAAAGCGGCAGAAUUUAGAGCCAGACAACAAGCACAUCAACGAUUGCAAGCCGAACAGGGACAGUGGUCCACACAGCAGACACCUAUAUCUCAUUCUGCACCUUCUACAGACACUGGCCCCAGCACUACUCCCACACCUCCUUCACCACAAGCCGCGGCAGUUGCAUCACCGCAGGCACCUCCACAUCAUCAUAUUUAAAGAAAUUUAAAAAACAUGGUCCAUCCACAAAUUGACUCGAUUACUUUGAAUUAGAUCAUAUAAUUAUUACUCUUCCUAUUUUCCACACUAAAUUUAUUUUGAAUCACUUUUUAGUAUAUUAUAGUAUAUACUAAAAUUUUUUGGAGAAUGAUUACAGGACUCACUCUAAAUAUUCAUAAAAUUUGAUUACAGUUCUAUAUAUUUUACUCUUCUUAAAAAAUUGUGAUUAUGGGAUUUGAUGAAAAUGAGGUUGUUCUAGAAUUACAAAUUUUCUAGAAAAAAUUGAUUUAACUAUUCUGCACAUUGGGUAUGAUUAGAAGUAUAUUAAGAAAAAUAAACUGAUAAAUUGACACUGCAACAUAAUUGUGUAAGAAACAUAUAAUUUUUUUAACUGUUAUUUGCUUUAUAUUUAUAACUUAUAUUAUGGUUUUAAUUUUAUAUAAUGGACACUGAAUAUUUUGCUAGGUAUCAAAUUUAUUAUUAUUAUUUUUUGUAUCUUUGGAUUUGAAUGGUAUGAGAGCAUUCUAAGGAUUAUUUGAAUUAUAUAGAUAUUCCAGUAUUUGUUCUCAUUUUUUUCUUUACAACUCUCAUAAUCAUGAUUACCGAAAAAAUAAUUUUGUAUAAUGUAAUUUUGUAUUUUUUUAUUGUAUUUUUUUCAGAAGUUUAUGUAUAUAAUUCUAUUGUGUUUUAUAUUUACAUUAAUUCUUUAAUUGCAGAAAUAUUGUCUUUAUUUAAUCAUUUUGCUAUUAAUUUACCGUAUCUGUUCCAAUAUAGAACAGGGUCGGAAAGUCCCCAUGGUUCAUCGGCCGUUACGUGAGAGCGAUAAAGAAAGUCAUAGAAAUUCGUGC